CCCCUCAAACUCACACGCCUUCAGAGAUAGAGAGAGAUUGUGAGAGAGCUAGAGAGAGAGAGACGAAGAGAGAGAGAGAGAGAGAAGAUGAGUGCGUCGUUGAGGAAGAAAGUGCAGAGAAAAUGCAAGAUCAGAGGAUAUUCCCUCAAAGUCGACGCCCUUGACGAGAUCCUCUCAUUUGCCUCCCGAUUUCCCGAUUCCGAUUCCGACGAAGCCAUCGAUCUCCUCCUCGAUCGGCUCCACUAUCAAACUCUGAAAUCCUCCAUCGUCGAUAAGGACGCCGUUCGCGCCGUCGUCAGCCUCCUAUUGGAUGCCGAAGCUGCUGUCGACGGUGACGACGAAGCCUCCGCUGCAGCUCCAAACGGCCCCGUUUCACCUUCCUCGAUCCGCGUGAUCGACGCCUUCUUGGUCCCCAAGCUCCGUUACGAUUCCAUUAAGAAGCUAUUCUACGAGCAUACUGGGAGUCUGCCCAUUCAUGGCGACGCUUCUGCAAAAGCAGCCCUUUACAGGGAUAGGUUUCUCUUGCUGUUUCAGAGGCUGACUCGCGAUCAGCAUUUUUCCAAACGUGCUUUUGAUUCUGAAAUGUCGCAUUUUGGAAAUUGUGAGAUAUCUCCUAUUCAGUCGCUGGUUGGGCAAACGGGCAGAAGAUGGGUAAUGGGUUUGAUCUCACAAUUGGAGGAUGACCAUUUCUACUUGGAAGACCUUACGGCUUCUGUGGAGAUCAAUUUGUCCAAUGCAAAGAUAACCACAGGAUUUUUUGCUGAGAACACGAUAGUUGUUGCAGAAGGUGAAAUGCGUGUAGAAGGAAUCUUUCAGGUCAUUACCUGUGGAUUUCCUCCAUUAGAGGACAGAGAGAAGUCACUCAAAUUGCUUGCUGGUCAUGACUUUUUUGGCAGCAGUGUACUGACAAAAGAGGAGACUCUUAGACUUGCAGAAUUGGAAAAGAAAGCAGUUAAUGACAUGUUUGUCAUAAUCUCUGACAUGUGGCUGGACAAUGAAGAGGCGAUGGGAAAGCUUACAACUGUCCUUGAUGUUUUUGAGAAUGAGGAGGUGGUUCCUUCACUGUUCGUGUUCAUGGGAAAUUUCUCUUCCCACCCAUGUAACCUUUCUUUUCAUUCUUUCUCAACUCUCAGAUCCCAAUUUGGAAAGCUAGGGCAUAUUAUCGGAAUGCAUCAACGGCUAAAAGAGAAUAGUCGAUUUCUCUUUAUCCCAGGUCCUGAUGAUGCAGGUCCUUCAAAAGUUCUACCCAGGUGUGCUUUGCCAAAAUAUUUGACAGAAGAGCUUCAAAAUCACAUUCCAAAUGCCAUAUUUUCAAGUAAUCCUUGCAGAAUCAAAUUCCUUUCCCAGGAGAUUGUAUUUUUUCGCGAGGAUCUGCUGUACAGAAUGCGGCGUUCAUGUCUGAUGCCGCCUUCUACAGAAGAAACCGAGGAUUCUUUUGAGCAUCUUGUAGCUACCAUAACCCAUCAAAGUCACCUCUGUCCACUUCCUCUCGUUGUGCAACCCAUUAUCUGGAACUAUGAUCAUGCACUCUAUCUUUAUCCAACUCCACACACGAUAGUCUUAGGGGAUAGAAGCAAGCAGAAGGCAUUCAAAUACACAGGAAUCACCUGCUUUAAUCCUGGUUCCUUCUCAAGUGAUGGAACCUUUGUGGCAUAUCGUCCUUGCAGUCAGGAAGUUGAAUUAUCUGCCUUGUAAGAAUCGAUGACUGACCGCUGACUUUCAGCUGCAUGAGCUGCUGAAAUUCCUGCCCUACAGCCUACAUUAUCUAUUAGCAGGUGAUUACGGUUCACUACAUGCGGCUAAUGAUAGUCUUGGGCACAAGUUUUUAGUUGAUGGUGAUGGAAUUCUUAGGGUUAAUGCUUUUUAAGAUAAGAUUGGAACUUGACAUUGUUCAAACUUGUAAUCAGAGGUUUCUUUUGUAUAGUAAAGUGGGCAUGAAAUAAGUAGGGUGAGGCAUUGUAUUUAUGGUCUAUUAUUUCUUCUUCAG